AUGGAUAUUGAUCCGAACAGCCCCAGCCCAGGCCCAGGCCCACAGUCACAGGCUGACUUCCUCUGGGACUCACUAAUCGAGACAUUUCCCUUCCUAACCGACCAAGCCCACCGCGCACUCAACAUCCAACUAGAAUUCUUCCGCAACAUGAGCACCAGAAACCUCCCUAUUCCCCAAGACGCCAACGCAAAAGAAAAACUCAAAGUAAUCCUCGCUAAAGCGCAAGUCGUCAAUAAAAUCGUGGCAAGCUUGAUUCAUAGCUCUGAACUUCUCAUCGAGCUGAAGGAAAUAGACUAUGACGAGGUCAUCAAUGUGAGGAGAGCGGAAGUCAGCAAUAUGGUUAGUGAGGCUAGCGUUAAUAUCCAGACGGUCAUUGCUAUGCAGACAGAUGAGGUUAGGAUAGGAUUGGGGCAACAGGGGGCGGCGGAAGUCCAGGAACAACAAAGACAUGCAGAACAGGAAGAAAUGUUUAUGCAACAAAGGAACGGGGGGCUUGGCAUGGGAGCUUCAGAAUCUCCUGAAUCACGGAUUCCAUUCCAGGGCUUCGCUAUGCCUCUGUACCACCAGCCGUACCUCAAGGAUACAACCCAGUACCACCUCAUAACCCAAGUCCAGUACACCCUCAGCCUCCAGCUCAUCCCCAGGCUCCCGUCUCAGGCCCGGCACCAGGGUAUGGUCACCUCCCAACACUCAAUCAAGCGCCAGCAUAUCCUCAUCAUCCGGUCCUUGGUCAGGUACCAGGGCAUGGUCAAUUUGCGGCACACACCCAAGCCCCAGCACAUCCUCACAAUCCAGUCCAUCGCCCACUCCCAGCACAUCCCCUCCCCCAAACAGUCCCCUUACAAAGACAAGACAGCGUAUACACCGAUUCAAGCACCACGAGCUCUGACGACUCUGAGAUUCGAAUGA